CCUCUGUCACCCCCCAGUAAAGCAAAAAAAAAAAGCAACAUCACAUUCCUACACAGAAGAAAGAGAGAAGAGAACCCUAGGGAACCAAAACCCAAAGAACCCUCUUUUCUCUUCACCAUUGCUGAUGGUUGAGAAAGCUUCUUGAAAAGAGAAUAAGAGAUGAAGAAGAUUAAAGAUUGUUCGUUUUCCCUUCUGGAUCUAGUUUCAUCUUGAGAUUUUAUGAAGCUUGAUACUAAAGCUACAUAAAACCCAGUUAGGUGAAAGGAAAGUUUUUUUUGUUUUUUUUUUUUACAAGUUUUGAGGGAUUUUCAGUUGCAUGUUGCCUUACUCUGUAAGUUUAUAGUAUCUUUUUGAAGUCUAUCGAACCCUUUAGAUUCUGAUUUUGUUCUCUUCUUAUCCAUUUUUUCAGAAGAAAAUAGAAAAAACAAGUUUCUCUCUGCCUGCCCCUAUUAGUUAGUAGUUCCAGUAGCCACAAAGUUCGAAGUCCCCAACGAAUUUUUACUAAGUUAAAGUCAGAGUCUUUUUGGUAAGCUUAUGGAUCGAAGAGAAGCAAUGGCGUUAUCCGGGUCGGGUUCUUACUAUAUCCAAAGAGGAAUACCCGGUUCAGGUCCUCCUCCUCCACAGACUCAACCGACGUUUCACGGUUCACAAGGGUUUCACCAUUUCUCCAAUUCCAACUCUCCUUUUGGGUCAAACCCAAACCCAAACCCUGGUGGUGGCUCUACUGGAUUCGUGUCUCCUCCUUUACAAGUUGAGUCUUCUCCGGCCGAUUCUUCAGCAACGGUGGGAGCUGCGGUUGCUCCUCCUCCUUCGGGUGACACUUCUGUGAAACGCAAGAGAGGACGGCCUAGAAAAUAUGGACAAGAUGGUUCUGUUUCCUUGGCAUUGUCUCCUUCAGUCUCCAAUGUUUCUCCAAACUCUAGCAAACGUGGCCGUGGAAGACCUCCUGGCUCCGGCAGGAAGCACCGGCAAUCUUCCAUUGGUGAUAUGAUGCCUUCAUCGUCUGGAAUGAGCUUCACACCGCACGUAAUCGUAGUCUCCGUUGGUGAAGACAUUGCAUCAAAGGUUAUAUCUUUCUCACAUCAAGGUCCAAGAGCAAUAUGUGUCUUAUCCGCUAGCGGUGCUGUCUCUACUGCAACUCUUCUUCAGCCACCACCAUCCCAUGGAACUAUUACUUACGAGGGUCGUUUUGAGCUCAUAUCUCUCUCAACAUCUUAUCUGAACACAACUGACAAUGACUACCCAAACCGCACUGGAAGUCUAGCGGUCUCACUUGCUAGCCCUGAUGGUCGUGUCAUUGGUGGUGGAAUUGGAGGUCCUCUAAUAGCAGCAAGUUCAGUUCAGGUCAUCGUUGGGAGCUUCAUUUGGGCAACUCCGAAAGGGAAGAUUAAAAAACGAGAAGAAACUUCUGAAGAUGUACAAGAUACUGGUGCUUUGGUCAACAAUGAUAACACAGCAGCAACGUCACCUCCUGUUCCUCAGCAAAGUCAAAACCUUGUUCAGAGCCCUGUAGGCAUUUGGUCAACCGGUUCAAGGUCAAUGGAUAUGCAUCACGCCCAUAUCGACAUUGAUCUUAUGCGUGGAUGAUUCAUGUAUAUAUAAGCAUUGAAUCUAGGAGAAGAAGAAGAAGAAGAUUGAAACUUGAGCUAACCUCCCUGAAAAAAAAAAAGUCUAUUUGGUUGUUUAGGAAAAGAAAACACUAUUAUUAUUAGUAAUUUUAGGAAUUCUUGCGUGUUUUCGAGCUUUCAAUUAAUCGAUUUGGUUUCUUGACUUGUGAUAAACAGGACAAAAACUUCGCUUGUUUCUUA